GUGUGUGUGUGUGUGCAUUGUCAUAGGCUUCGUUAGAGAUUGCGAGCUUCAAACUGUUGACAGUUAAAAACGCGUCGAGAGAAACGUUGAACAUCGCAGCUGAAUGCGAAAUAAAAUUAAAAACUCGAAAAUGCUCAACGACAACGGUUCAUUCUAUGAUUGUUGUGCAAUGGCCAAAUCGAUAAUAACCACAACAACAACAGCAACAGCAACAGCUACAGCAACAACUACAACAACAACAAUAAAUACACGCAAAUGUAGCACAACAAUCGCAUUUGUUUUGCUUUUAAUUUUAUGCUGUUUAUGUGAUUACAAUUAUGCAAGCUGGGCCUCGCAAUGCUGGAAGAAACACAACUCGGGUUCGAUUCAAACGCCGGACGGAGAAUUCAAGCGCCCAUUUGGAAUACUCUGCACAUAUCGCUGUUUCCUCUGGUUUCCGCCAAUUUAUCCGUAUUGUGAGUUCAUUUUCGAUUUGCGCUUAUCGAGACACUUUACAUCAUUUCCGGACUGUUACGAGAUUCGCUGUAAUGAGACCUUCACAUUCUUUGGCACCGAACAGAAUUACUGAAUACGAUAUGUGCUCUGGAGAGGACAAACUAUCGAACAUACUAUCGUGGAAGUGUAAGGCAGUGUAUUAUUCUAAAUAUAUUCAAGACUCUAUUCGAAGGUUAAGGCUCUAAGGGAAAACAAACUCUCCACAAUACUAUCGUGAAAAUCUGUAAUUAGUUCGUUAAAAUAUUGAAUCGUUAAAGAUCGAUAGUAAAAGAAAGUAGAUAAAACUAACUUGAAUGGAUAGAAAAAUUUACAAUAAUAUUCGAUUGAAAGGUAAAAUAUAUCUAUAAAUAAUAUACCCAAAACCAUUAUCAAAAGAUCUACUGGUUGUUGUGAUUCUCAAAUGUGAAUAACAAUUUAUUGAGACGUCACAUUAUACAAAA